CAAAAAGUGUGUUUUGCUGACUUGAAGCAUCCCUGUUACAAAAUGGCCUACUUCCACGAGCUGUCCAGCCGUGUGAGCUUUCAGGAAGCCCGCCUGGCUUGUGAGAGUGAGGGAGGCGUCCUUCUCAGCCUUGAGAAUGAAGCAGAACAGAAGUUGAUAGAGAGCAUGCUGCAAAACUUGACAAAACCCGGAACAGGAAUCUCUGAUGGUGAUUUCUGGAUAGGUCUUUGGAGAAAUGGAGAUGGACAGACAUCUGGUGCCUGCCCUGAUCUCUACAGGUGGUCUGAUGGAAGCAGUUCCCAGUACCGAAAUUGGUAUACCGAUGAACCUUCCUGUGGAAGUGAAAAGUGUGUUGUGAUGUAUCAUCAACCAACUGCCAAUCCUGGUCUUGGGGGCCCCUACCUUUACCAGUGGAAUGACGACAGGUGCAACAUGAAACACAAUUACAUCUGCAAAUAUGAACCAGAGGUUCAUCCAACAGAUCCUGUGGAAAAACCUUAUCUUACAAAUCAACCAGGAGAUACCCAGGAAAAUGUGGUUGUUACUGAAGCAGGCAUUAUUCCCAAUCUUAUUUAUGUUGUUAUACCAACAAUACCGCUGCUCUUAUUGAUACUGGUUGCUUUUGGAACUUGCUGUUUCCAGAUGCUACAUAAAAGUAAAGGAAGAACAAAAACUAGCCCAAACCAGUCCACACUGUGGAUUUCGAAAAGUACCAGAAAGGAAAGCGGCAUGGAAGUAUAA